AUGAUAUUUAAUAUAACUCGUAUAAUUAACGUAAGCUUGGAGUAUUCAGUGUUUCAGAAAACUGGCGACCCCGAAAUAUUUCACGUGCCUUACUAUAAUAAGCUCGAACGAUACAUCCAACUUUUAGGACAAGAUCCGCGUCAUAGAAAUAGCAUUAGAAAUAUGAUUGUAAUAAUAGUGGUGACUAGUAUCGCAAGCAUCACUAUUCCAACGACAAUAGAGUUAUUUGCGUCGUUGCAUAACAAGGACAUGGAUGGAGUCAUCGAGUGUCUGCCACAUUUUAUCGCAUCUUCCAUCAGUGCUGUUAAAAUAUUAAAUAUGCAUUUCAACAGGCAAAAUUUUCACAAAUUGUUCCAACUUGUGGCAAGACAUUGGCAGGAACUGAAAUUAAACGGCGAACUGCACGUUCUAGAGGAAAUCGUCAUGCAAGGCAAUAGAAUGGCGCUAUUUUAUCGUAGCACUUUACUAUCUUUUAUGGGAUUAUUCUUGCUGGUGCCACUGAUUUCUCCCAUUCUUGAUAUUGUCCAUCCAAUAAAUGGAACUCGAACACGCCAACAGCUACUAAGAGUUAAUUAUAUAUUUUUUGACGAUGAUGACUAUUUUUUCUAUAUAUACUUACAAUUAUUUUGUGGAGCAGCUGUUGUUGUGUACACCAUAAUUGGUGCAGACUGGUUAUACAUGCUAAUAAUUCAUCACAGCAGUGGAUUAUUUGCAGUCUGUGGACAUCGAGUCCAAAAAGCAACUUUAAAUCCAAACUACUUUACUGAUGAAGCUAUUUCUGAGAAUUACACGUAUGAAAAGAUCAGGAAUUGCGCGAUAAUGCACAAUGAAGCCAUACGAUUUUCAGAUAUAUUGAAAGAAAGCAGUCGGGGUAGUUACUUAAUUCAAGUUGGAUUGAAUAUGUUGGGUAUCAGCGCGACAGCUGUUCAAACCGUGGUAAACUUAGACAGGCCGGAAGAAGCAAUGCGAAGUGCUGUGUUUUGUGGGGCUAAUCAAUUUCAUUUGUUUUUACUCAGCUUACCAGGCCAGGUGCUCCUGGAUCAUUGUUCUGAUUUAGCAGAUAAUAUUUACAGCUCCACAUGGUACGGAACACCCGUGCAGAUUCAAAAAGUAAUAUACGUGAUGCAAAUAAGAUGCAAAAGAUUUUGUUCAUUGACGGCAGGUGGAUUGUACGAAAUGAAUAUAGAAAACUUCGGAAUUACCUUCAAGACGUGUAUGUCCUAUAUCACAAUGUUGAUGUCAUUAAAAAACUGAAUCUGCGAUACCUGAAAUAUGUAAUUGUAUUCACUGCGUUUUGUACCCAGUUUAGCCAGAAGUAUAAAUAGUAUGUUAAAUAGCCGAUAUAAUGUAAUACUUGACAUUUUUGAUGACUUCGACGA